AUGAUGUCGUUCGGCAAGCUUGUGGUAUUCCUGGCCCUUUCCCACCUGCAUCACAGCCUGGAAGGCGCUCCCGCUCCCGCAUCCGCGGCCAGAACCAUCUACUACCACAAUAACCCGCCCGGUCCGGCUGGCCACUACAGUUUCGAGUUUCAGACCACGAAUGGGAUUACUACGAAGGGGGCUGGAAACGAGAAUGGAGCCGUGGGUGUGGUUCAGUAUGUGUCCAUUGAGGGCAUUCCGGUUACCUUCUCGUACGUGGCCGAUGCCAAUGGCUACCAGCCCACCGGUGACCAGAUCCCGGCCAUUCCGACGCACGUAAUCCGCCAGUUGGAGUAUAUCGCCUCGCAUCCGCCGGUGGACGAGCGCAGAUCCCGACUCUGGUAG